AUGGCAUCCGACAAGAACCCCAUCGACGCCCUGAAAGAGUCCAAGCCCCCGGCUACCGAUCCAUUCACAUAUCUCACAAUCAUCGGCGAGGUCAUCUCUCCCGAAGUCCUCCCGACACUACAUGAAAUUCUUCAAGAUGCCAAGCUCACACAAGAGAUUGGCUGGGACUUGGUCGAGGUCUUGAUAGCCGUGGAAGGAAGCGAGCAGUGCCUACAGACGAUUGCGCAACUGGGCAACCCGCGCGAGGUCAUCAUCAAGAUCCUCGAGGUCCUGGGUGAUCUCAGUGGCGAUGGUGAUGAUACUAGUGAUAGGACCUCAGCAAACAACCCAGAGGCCACGGCUGCUAUCAUCACCUUUGUGCGCUCCCAGACUGCAGAGAAGCGACCGCCGCUCCCUACGCGCAAGUCCAGCACCGCACUCGACACUACCUUUGGAAAGUCCGACGCGAGCAAGAACGCGCCCGAUCCAGAGGCUGAGAAGACGGACGAGACUGCACCAUCCGAGCCAGACCUGGUGAAGAGGCUUCUCCAAUCGUUCAUGAUCACCAUCAUUGAGGCAGACUUAGGCCUCACGAGAAUCCAGUCUCUUUCGCUCGAAGCAGUCUUCGAGGAACCUCUGAUCGCCAAUCCUUUGGCUGCCGACCUGGAUGAUCUGGACAGUCCAAGCAAGGUCAAGCUCUCCACAGGAGGCGUGUGGUGCCUCGUAGCAUACUGGCUAUUCUCGUCGGAGGUCUUCGAAACGAACCACGACCAAAUCCAGAUGACCAUGCUGCCAGAUCACCACAAGCUACUACAGCUCUUCGUCGGCGACGAGCCCCAGGAGCAAAUCAGCAGCAACCAGGGCACUGCCGAAGCCCUCCUCGUCAUGGGCCUCUGGCUCGACAAUGCCAAACGCAUCUCCGGGCAAGGGGCGACGCCAGCCGACUUUAUGCCCUACCAUCAUCUUCUCACCAUCAUCGCCGCCUUCCACCCGUCGUUGAACUCUCGCAACGUAGCAAACACGUUGGCGGGCCUCGUAUUGCACGCCGAUCCAGACGACGAAGGACGACUCAAGAUACUCGAGGAUCUCCUCGAGAACUGCAUCUUCUCGGCUUUGCAGGCAUCGGCGGUUUCGUGGCUCAGGGAAGAAAUCAUAAUCGCACAUAAGACGAAAGCAACAAACGCCUUCUCAGGGCCUGAAGGGCUAGACACGCUUCAGUACCUGUUGUUCCCCAGCCUGGCGCAACUCAAGGAACAGGACGUCGUCUCGCAGUGGGAUUUCUGGGCGCAAAACCACCCGUAUCACCUCCAGGUGGCCAACUUCUUAUACUUUUUGUUCAAGGGGGAGGAUUUCAAGCAUCUCGUUCCCGCUGGCAUGGGCGCUGCCAUUGAGCAGCGCUACGUCGAGCCGUUGUUGCAGACUGCCAAGAAGCUCCGCGAAGCUAUCGACAAAGGCGAGAUAGAUGACCAGGGGCUAGGCAAUGAGGCUGCGAUGCAGCUAGACGUCCUCAGCCUCAAUCUAGAGGGACUGUCACUGUCGUAA